CUUUCUCACUGUCUCAUUCCCUCUCUCCACUUGCCAGAGGUAGGCAUGAAAACUGAUAUGUGUCGGACCGUGUGUGUGUGUGUGUGUGUUUUUGAGUGACAUUUUGCUUGGCAUUUACGCAGCAGCUGGAGAUAAGAAGUUGCCACUCGCCGCUCAAAGUGUCAUUUGGACUAAUGAUGAUUUACGUGAUGGGGUGCGAGGACCGGUUGCGGUCCGGAGUGGGGGAUAAAUGUGUACUUUUUGUGUGGCGGGGUGUUAUAAGUGAUGCAUAAUUGAGCGUUAAAACUUCAAUAGCCCAGGGGGAGCAUGUAUAUUUAGAGGAGAUUAGAGCUGGAAUUGUGCCGCUACUAUCAUUGUUCGCAUCCUUCUGAUCUGGCAAGCCGGACCCUCCCCCUUUGUUUUCCUCUCUCUCUUGCCCCCUCGGUCUUAUCUUCCAGAGAUGAUCGGCGUGGUGGCGUCUCAGUGAACAGAGCGAAGCGAUGGAGAGAUGCUCCAUCUCUCCUGUCGCACGACUGACUGCCCUCAUCCUGGUCGCCCUGGUGACGCAGCCCACCACCUGUAACCGUGACGACGGCGAGGGCGAAGAGCGAGUGGAUGCCCUCUCGGUCCAGUUGUCUGUCACCACUCAAGUGACGCCCACCCCUCUAUGGGCGGUGGUGUGGGGCCCCACGCAGCCUCUGGAGGAUGAGACCUAUCACUUCCUCUCCAGCCAGGAAACGGAGCACCUGCGUCAGCAAGGGAACCAGCGGGAGGCCAGCUCUGCCCCUGCUACCUCCGAGGACUGGCUCUAUCCUGACGCCAGCACGCAUCCUCAGCAGGAGUCCUGGAGUCAAGAGGGUGUAGGGGACGGGGGGACGCAAGCGGAGGGGACAGAGCUGGAGGAAGAAGUGGACCCUCAGUUCUAUGUCACUGUGACCAUCUCCUCGCUGCUCAUCCUGACUGCAAUCAUCAUUACGGCCAAACUCUGUUAUGAUCGCAGCUGUUCCCAGCAUCCGCCUCCGCUCUCCCGCGGUGUAGCGCCACCCCUGUCCCGCGCACUACCGUGUUCCCUUGCGUCCGAGGAGAGCCGCCAGACACUGCACAGCACCUCAUCCUCCUUCGUCGACCGGGAGAGGAUCCCGGUGGUGAACCUCUGAGGUGGCUCUUUUUUCCAUAUGGUGAAUAUUUCUACAAUUGGAGCAUCAACAUUUUUGUUUUGCCUGCAGCAUCGUUUUUAUUUUCUCCGAAACUUUGAAAUGCAUUCAGGGACCAGCGCGCACACUCCUUGGCUACCCUGAGGUCUUUUAAAAAAAAAAAAAACCCAACCCAAACUCAUCUCUUCUUCCUUCCCUGUGUGCUAAAUUUUGUCCGUGUGGCUCUCUGCGUCACUGUUACGCCCCCCCUCCCCCCGAGCUGUGACAAGCGACUCCACAGCUUGGACCCUCCAUGACUAAUUCACAAACAAACAGUUUAACAGCCGUGCAGCAUCCCAUUUGAGGACCCAAUCACGCUACCUUUACUUCCACAUCAACACUUCCUGUCAUAAUACUCUCAAACCCAAGAAAAUGACGCCCAAAUUCAUGUUUUUGCCCCCCCCCACCCCCUCCAAAUGGAAAAAGCCAACAUCAAGCAUCGGCAUCUCCAAAGAAGGACUCUAACAAAGCUGUUUAGCGGGGCUGCUGCCAACAGGCAAUGUGUUUAACAUGUCACGCUCCAAAAAUGCUGCUUGCUUCAAGCAUGCUGGAUAAAAAAUGCAAAUUACGUUUGUGUACCCCCCCCCUCUCCGUUUUUCCUCAUGAUUUGUUUCCUUAAUUAUCUGGCAUUCACCUCAUAGCGAGCACCCUUUGUUCACACCGAGGUGUGCGCCCAGCGUGUAUUUCACCGUGCAGAUAAAAUAUUCAAGACGUGAAUGGAUCGUGGUGGAAUUUCUGCCAAGAAGCAACAAAUCCCAAAGGGUUUUUUUUUCUCCCCCCCCCCCCCCCCCCCCUUGUUGACAGUCAAGACAUUCUUGAAAACAAAACCCGCCAUCAUCUGCCUUGGCAUCUAAUCAUUGUAUGUCGUCUGUCACCGUGGCACCAAAGGAACUUUUGAAGGAACGUUCAUGUCGUGUCUGUGAGAUUGGCUUCAAAUCUAUUAUUCAUAAAUGUCUAUUUUAUCUAUCAGCUCCUAGCGUCCUGUAGAACCUUGCAAAAGCCAAAUGUCCAAAAGUUUUGUUUUCUCUGCAACUUUUUUUUUUAAAGCAGCUUUAGGAAUGAUGCUAAUGGACAAAAGUCUUGAGACAGCAGACCUUAAUUAAUGAAUCAGAUUACAUUUUGAAUGAUUCCGUAUUGUAACGGUCCAUUACCUUCACAUCCGUAACCUUUGGGAUGAACUAGAACAGAGAUUGAGUGGCAGCCAGGGGUGUCACAAGAUUUCUCAUUGUGCCAUGUAAUUAAUUCAUUACACAAUCAAUGAAAAUUAUGGGUUGCACGGUGGUCAUGUGGUUAGCGCACAGACCUCACAGCUAGGAGACCCUGGUUCAAUUUCACCUUUGGCCAUCUCUGUGUGGAGUUUGCAUGUUUGCACUCCGGUUUCCUCCCAUAUUCCAAAAACAUGCUAGGUUAAUUGGCGACUCCAAAUAACUGGGACGCACGGUGGUCUAGUGGUUAGCACACAGACCUCACAGCUAGAAGACCGGGGUUUGCAUUUUCUCCCGUGCAUGCGUAGGUUUUCUCCGGGUUCUCUGGUUUCCUCCCACAUUCCAAAAACAUGCUAGGUUAAUUAGCGACUCCAAAUUGUCCAUAGGUAUGAAUGUGAGUGUGAAUGGUUGUUUGUCUAUAUGUGUCCUGUGAUUAGCUGGUGACCGGUCCAGGGUGUACUCCGCCUCUCGCCCGAAAACAGCUGGGACAACAGCCCCCCCCUCCCCGGCGACAGAGUGAGUGUCAGCCAUUUAGUAUCUUUGUCUCGGUGGGUGGAGGCUGGGCCAGUUGCAUACACACAGUCCAGAAGAGUGUAACGUAGUAGAAAUUAUAUUAGUAUAUUCAUUCAUUCAUUUUCUACCGCUUUUCCUCACAAGGGUCGCAGGGGGGUGCUGGAGCCUAUCCCAGCUGUCUUCGGGCGAGAGUCGGGGUACACCCUGGACUG